AUGACGUCUGUCUCUUCAAGAGGCCGGACGCCUCACUCGCCUUACGACUUCGAGUCCGCUGCAGACACGGAUGAAUCAUGGCAGUACCUCGACUAUAACUCAUACCCGGCAUCAGUCGGAUUCUUGCCUAGCCCGGCCAGCGGUAGUCUCAACGGCUAUGCUGUCGUCGGCAACGUCGCCAGCUCGGACCCUGCGGGCCUAUCCCCGCUAAACCUCGACCUCGAUCAAGGCGGCUUCUCCGCCACGGGCUUCCCCGAUCAGACGGAUGCCUUUGCCGCCCCGGCUCCAUCGGUAGAUGGCCAGUUCAAUGCCGGUGCUCAAGACCCUGAUAUUUUGACGCCGCAACAAUACUUGUUUUCGGAGGAGCAACUCAGUGUUGUUUGUGUAUUCAUGACUGACCGCCCUCUGACAGAAAUGACAUCGUCCUUCCUCAACUCAUAUCAGACGAGUAGCGUACCUCUGACGAGCCUGGAAACAUUUCCUCAACAGCAACAGCAAGACAUCGACCUUGAACUGGACCUUUCACAACACUUUCAAUCCAACGCCAACCCGGGCCCAUGGAGCCCAACCAAUCUAAAGGUCGACAAUGGCAGCUCCGCGUUGAUCAUGGACUUCUCGUCACCAGCCCAGGGCUCCGCAUCCACCAGCCCGAACCGCUCAAACCCCAAUUCGCCAGACAUUAAACACGAGAGUGACAAGUCCUCCUCGUCCAGUCCCAUCCGCAAAGUUAUGACCGGCAAGGUCGAGAAGAAGAAGUCGACAGAGCCUGCGAGCAAGUUUGUUAUUGUUACCCCCAACUCCAUCACUGCCCGCGCUGGUCAGCCCAACCUCUUCGAAUGCUUCGAGAACAUGCGGACGAAUCCCCGAGGCCGCAAGGGACCCCUAGCCGACGCCACCAAGCAGAGCGCCUUGCAGGUGCGUCGGUUGGGCGCCUGUUUCUGUUGCCACAGCCGCAAGGUCAAGUGCGACAAGGAGCGGCCUUGCAAGAACUGCAAGAAGCUCGCGGCCCAGGUACCACAGGUUGUCUGUUGGCAGUUUUCCGAUUUCUUGACUGUACUGUUCCCCGAUUUCAUGCGAUCGCACUUCCGCAAAGACCAAAUGUCCCGAUUCAUGAAGGAGAACGUCGACCUCGAAGCUAUGGAGGAGCUAGUACCAAGGGAUGUUGAGCUCUUUUCCGGACUCUCGUCGGUACUCAAGGUGCGGGCCAAGUUUUUCAAGCCCAUCACGCCGGAUGUGCAACAGCAUUAUCACCUCCACGUUGGAAAGGAUAGGGUGGACCUGCAGGCCAGAGGCACAGCGCCCAUGGUGUUGGAGCUGGAUACCGCUCAGCAGAGAGAUGCGUUGAAGAAGAAGGCGAAAGCUUACAUCGCCGCCAUUGCUACGGAACCAGGGUACGCCCAGCGGGUGACGGAGUCGACACGGCACACCGACCUGCCAAAGCAGAUUCUGGCGAUUGUGCAGGAUUACGGCAACAAGACUGAUUCGGCAAUGGUCAAGAAGGCUCUCGCGAUAUAUAGCGCUCACUUCGUCAUGACCCGCCACCUUUGCAUCACCCGACCGAGCGUCAUGAGCCUGCAAGACUCAGGACUCGUACCCCAAGAGGUGCCGUGGGUGACACCGCGUGUACUCAACCGACAGGUCAAGGCCGUCAUCGACGAGUUGCUGAUGCGGGACAUGCAAAACCUUUUCGAAUCCUUUUCAAAGUCUCUCAAGCCCAAGUCUCGCCGCGAAUGGGCGCCGUGUCUGGCGGCGUUCCUCGUGCUCUGCUUGUUUAUGGAGUCAGUUGAAACAGCAGCUGACACCUUUGUGGUUGCCCUCAACGAGAUCAGCCUGCGCAACCGCACAGCACCCGAGUAUAAGCGUCAGGACGCCCUGAACAUCAACAAAGAGGUUGAAAACAUGCCGUUUAAGCAGUUCGCGUACCAGUUCCAUCAGAUCUACCAGACGCACAGCAGGGACACGUCGGCGAAGCCGUUCAAUCCUCUGAUUGACAAUGUAUGGGCUGAACAGGGCGAUAUGGACGGGUCGGCCAUUGAGAUGGUCAUGCGGUUGAGGAACUUGAUUCAGGGUGACAACUACAUCGAGCUCGAUUUCUUGACAAUGGACCCCAUUCUGCCGAAUGGCGACGGCGAGGAGCACCCCUUCCCUCGCGAUGUAUCGGUCAACUACACUGGCCGCAUGGUGGCCAAGUUUUUGCUCUCGUUCUUGGACGAGAAGUACAUCUUCGGUGAAAGCACAUUUUAA